AUGUAUAACUUUUCAGCCGAACCGCAGUGCCUCGAAGAGGUGACGCUUACAAGGCAUACAAGGACCAUUACUACGUCUGCUCAUUCUGGUGUGCAACUCCCUGCCACGUUAACUUACGAAUGCUACUUUGAUGGCUACGUUUGGGGCUGUUGUCCAACGAAAGCCUACACCUGCACUCUGUCUCCCCACAAGGGUGUGACCUGCGGCAGCGGCUCGUCUUAUCGAUACUUCUACAACAGUCAAACCCAGGAAUGUGAAAGCUUCCAGUACAAUGGUUGUGAUGGCAAUUCGAACAAUUUCGCCACAAGAGACGACUGUGAGGGAUACUGUAGCGUGGGUGGUUGCCCAUCCGGAGGCACACCUGAACGCAACGAAUUUGGCCAGCUGAUGGUCUGCUCCGCCACCCAGGUCUGUCCGACUACUCACGAAUGCACGUCGGUGAAUUCUGGCAGCAGCGUCGUGAAUCGAUGCUGUCCAACUCGCUCAUACAUCUGCUCCCUCCCACCUCAACAAGGGAGCUCGUGCUCAUCUUCAGCUGCUUCUCGCUACUAUUUCAACAUCGUCACCAAGGAAUGCACCCAAUUCACCUACAACGGCUGCAGUGGCAAUCUCAACAACUUCGCAACCAUCGAACAAUGCAAUAAUUUCUGCCUUUCGGCCGCUUGUACUCCUGGUGAUGUGGCCUAUGUGAAUCCCAACACCAACAUGCCGUACGAAUGUAAUGCGGCGCUCAGUAACAGUUGUCCGUCGAACUUCGCCUGUACUUAUGACCAGCUGUCCUCGACCAGCGUCUGUUGUGGAGCUACGCAUAUGGAUGUCUGUCCAGAAGGCGAGAAAGCCUAUGUGAAUGCCGCCGAUAUGAGUGUUCGGGAAUGCUUGAUAAAUGUCGAAGGAUCCUGCCCAAGCAACUACCUGUGCCGUUUCAAUGCUCUCAAGAAUCGAUACUAUUGCUGCGCAUCGAUAACGGGCGAUCUCUGCCCUGCUGGAAAAGCGCUCUUCCGCGAAGCAUCUUCGAAAUCACCU